ACUGGAACCAGCAUAAUUCAGUGUUAUCAGUGUAUUACAGAUUUGGGAUUGGGUUAGUAGGUGAUAUCCUAAAUUUGACUUCACAUCAACAUCUUUUUCUUCCAUCAGUGAUCAUGCAGACAGUGGUGCUCCUCCUCAUUAUGGGAAUAGUGGAUUUGAGCAUGGGCCAGCAAUACAGCCAGUUCCAGUGGCUGUCCCACCUGCGAGGGCGGCGGCGGCACUCCGGCUGGCGGGCCGAGGAUGCGGACUGCGCCCUGGAGUGCGACUGCCCCUCAACCUUCCCCACGGCUAUGUACUGUCACAGUCGCAACCUUCAGCACAUUCCCUAUGUCCCCUCACACAUUAAGUACGUCUACCUGCAGCGUAACCAGAUCACAGGCAUCCAGGAUGGGGUGUUUGACAACGCUACCAACUUGGCCUGGGUCGUGCUCUUUCACAACCAGCUCAACUCAGACAAGAUCGGCAAGAACGUCUUCAGCAAGCUCAAGCACCUGGACCGGCUCCUCUUGGAUCACAAUGAGCUGGUACGCGUGCCUCCCAACUUGCCCAAAUCCAUCACAGACCUGCGACUCGGUCAUAACAAGAUCUCAAAAAUCCUCCCCAACUCAUUCGAGGGGAUGGUCAACAUCGCCACCCUCCAACUCCAAGCAAAUGUCAUAGAGGACGUAGGAGGCGUGUUCAAGGGACUAAAGUCUCUGACCAUGCUGGAUAUGAGGAAAAACAAAUUGAGGAAAAUCCCUGACAACCUCCCAGAGAGGCUGCAGCAGCUCUACCUGGAGUUCAAUGACAUAGAGAGCGUGCCGGCGGGAUUUCUCACCAUGAAUCCCAAACUGCAGUUUGUCCGGUUGGCUCACAACAAGCUGACAGACAAAGGACUUCCAUCCAACAUCUUCAACAUCAGCACGCUGGUUGAGCUCGACCUUUCUUUCAAUGAGCUGGAGAAGAUCCCUGUGGUCAGUAGGAACCUGGAGAACCUUUAUUUACAUGCCAAUAAGAUCAAAGAGUUCUCCCUGAGCAGUUUCUGCGGUACAAUUGACAUGACAAACUUCUCCAGGCUGAGAAUGCUGCGUCUGGAUGCCAACGAGAUCUGCGCCAAAGACAUUCCUGCUGAGGCUGCCUACUGUUUGCGGCGUGUUGCCUUUAUUGAUGUGUAGCGGCUUCAUGCUUCUCUGAUUUCUCUCAACUCAUCCAGGGUGUCGCUCCAUCUGUAACACCCCAUACCUCUUGUCCGCUAUAUUUACCUUACUUUGUUCACGGUCCACUCCAUCAAAACACAUUAGAGAUAAUGUAUUGUUACAGUGUCAUGAGAGCUUAAUUAUUACUAUACGAAAUGAUCAAACAGUCCCAGUAUUAGUCAACGGGAAAUACCAGAGCUGUAUAAUCACGUAUCCAGAUGACAGGCAUAUGGAUGACAAAGAGAGAAAGACAGCUACAUCCUUUCCAAAAAGCUAAUUAGAUUAUCAGCUCUAGUAUUCUGGCAUAAAUAAUACCAAGCAUAAAUAUGAUGUAGCUGCUGACAGCAGGUUCUGCUUGUGUCUGGUUAAACUAUAACCUGUAUAAAUCGUCCUAUCAGCGGUGUGAGAUUCACUUUGGGUCUUUGCCUCCACCAUGUGGCACAAGGUGAUAGAACAGCAGGUGGACUAGCCAUGAUUCUCAUUAUUAGUAUUAUUAUUAUUAUUAUAUAACAUAUUAUCAGUGGCAGUCCUGUUUGACUGUUACACAUACAGAGCAUGGUUACUUUAAAUACUGCUCAUCAUUUUUCUAUCAACAUUUAAAGUUAUAUAUAUAUUGGUUGGUUUCAAGACUGCAAUAAUUGUAUCUAAUAACUGUUGUUGUAAUUUUAUAGUUGUAGUGUGUUUUUGGAUUUAAACACACUCGCUUUGUAAAAGACUUUUUGGGGGGUAAUUUCUGAGCCAAUGUGUAAUUGUAUCGUAAUAUAAUAUCACAGACAAAUGUGUGCUUGAAAGCCAGUAAGCUAAUGUCAGGAUUUAUAAUAUAAGAAUUGCCGUGAUUCAUUUUGUAUCCAAGCUAUGAA